AUGCCCCAAUCACCUUUAGAACGUGUUUUGAGUUUAUCGAUAUUUGGAAGUGAUGAAGACGAGGGAGAGUUAGAAGUGCUCGCUAUGAUGGAGAAACAACAUCGGUGGAUUAAAUCUAAACCACACCGGUGGGAAGAUUUAAGACCACCCCCACCAUCAGAAGACACUCAAGAGCCCAAAACGGGGGCAUAUCUGAAACAGUUACCGGCAAAUCUGAAAUAUGUGUUUCUUGAUGCUGAAAAGAAAUGCCCAGCUAUUAUCAAUGUCAGUUUACAAAGUGUCCAAGAAGCAGAACUCAUUCAAGUACUAAAAAAAUACAAGAGUGUGAUUGGAUGGGCAAUUGAGGAUUUGAAAGGGCUAAUUUACCCCAUAUCCGACAGCUCAUGGGUUAGUCCAGUACAUGUGAUACCCAAAAAUGGGGGAACUACUGUGAUAAAAAAUGAGAAGAAUGAGUUAAUCCCAACCAGAAUUGUUACAGGUUGGAGAGUUUGCAUUGAUUACCGGAGGCUGAAUAUUGCAACAAGAAAAGACCACUUCCCUUUAUUCAUCGAUCAAAUGUUGGAAAGGCUAGCCGGUCAUGACUACUAUUGUUUCCUUGAUGGGUACUCGGGAUAUAAUCAGAUUGAUGUGGCUCCUGAAGAUCAAGAGAAUAUCGCCUUCACAUGCCCCUAUGGUGUUUUCGCUUAUAGGACAUCGAUAUUUGCUGACAUGCUUGAAAAGCAUAUGGAAGUAUUUAUGGAUGACUCUUUUGUGUUCAUAAGAGACUUUUCCAAAAUCGCCAAACCACGAACAAGCCUACUUGUGAAAGACACAUCUUUCCUUUUUGACAAGAAGUACAGUGAAGCUUUUGAGACCCUGAAGAAGGAACUAGUGUCUGCUCUCAUAGUUAUUGCCCCUGAUUGGUCUCUCCCUUUUGAGAUUAUGUGUGAUGCAAGUGAUAAUGUUGUGGGGGCAGUACUAGGACAACGAAAGGCGAAGCACUUGCAUGUGAUCUACUAUGCAAGCCACAUGUUGAAUCCCACUCAAAUGAAUUAUGCAACCACUGAAAAAGAGCUACUCGAAUCAAAACCACGGUUGCUGCGAUGGAUUCUACUUCUGCAAGAGUUUUAUCUGGAAAUCAGAGACAAAAAGGGGAGUGAAAAUACUGUUGCUGAUCACUUAUCUCAGAUGUUUCUGAUCCAAGAAAUAGAAGAAAAACACCCAAUCGGAGAUGAGUUCACCGACAAACGUAUCCUACCCGUUACUAAUGUCCCUUGGUUUUAUGUGUGGGGUGAUCCAUUCUUGUACAAAAAAGGAAUAGAUGGGUUGGUUCGAAGAUGUGUCCCAGAGGAAGAACAAAAGGAGAUCCUCAGAGCUUAUCAUAACUCAGAAUAUGGAGGACAUUUUGGUGGAGAUAGAACAACAACAAAAGUCCUCCAGUCUGGGUUGUACUGGCCUGCACUUUCAAAGAUUCCCAAGGGAUAG